UUUGUUUUCCUGUGUUCAGUUUCACAACAGCUAAAGAAUACACAGACCCUUCAUUGAUUCUCUUGCAGUUCGGUUUUAGUUUCUGAAUUUCUUUCUCACCCGUCAGGUCCAAAGCUGGACACGACGGCUCCAACAACACCGCAAUGUGUAUUUGUGGCAAGCAAAUUGCAACUGUUGUGGUCUCUCAAGGUACUUUCCUUAACAGAAAAAUGAGGUAUUGCAAUUUUCUACCUUGGAAAAUGUGUUACCGGCUAAAGCAUAAGCUCGCAGAGAAGAAGUCUAUUCGACGGGUCGGAAGCUGUUCCAAGUUGCGGAAAAAAGUAAUUGCUGUCAUGGAUUACAACCUUUCUGACCUAAUUGGUAAUGGAAGUGAUGAAAUGAAAUCUGAAAUGAGUCCCAAAGAUGCAUUAGAUGAUGUGGACAUCUCUUUGAUAUGUAAGAGGUUUCCAUCAAUUACCUUGGGUAGCGCUGCUCGAGUGGAUUUGUAUGAUGGGACUACAUCAUGUUCUGAAACAAUGAACUCUUUGACAACAGAAAAUUUUGAAAAUUGUUUUUCUAAUUCUUCAGAGACAAGGUGGGUUCAAAGUGCUCUUUCUGAAGAAUGGCCUUCUUUAUAUGUCAAGCAUUCUAGUGUAUCAUCUUCCACAUCAGGAAAAGAUUCUUUGCUGCCUGAUUUAAUGUCUUCAAUACAAGAAAAAAAUUCAGAUCAAAUCACCGGGGAAGAUUGUCAAAUGAAAGUGGCAAUGGAGUCACAGCCAAAUCCUACACUAAGUGAGUUAUUUCUUGACAAGUCUAUAAAUUGCAUACCUGGGUUGAGUAAGAGGCACUACAGGAAGCUGGAGGACUGUGGAUUUCACACUUUACGAAAAUUGCUGCUCCAUUUUCCACGAUCAUAUGCUAAUAUGCAGAAUGGACAUAUUAAAAUUGAUGAUGGGCAAUAUUUGAUUUUUGUUGGAAAAGUCUUAUCUUCAAGGGGUGUCAAAGCUAAUUAUUCAUUGUCAUUUCUUGAGGUGGUUGUGGGCUGCGAAAUUGCUGAAAGUGAAUGUGGUUUUGAGCAUGUGACCACUGAUGCUAUUGGUGUGCAAGAGAGGACAAUUUAUUUACAUCUAAAGAAAUUUUUUCGUGGUUCACGUUUUACCUUCAAAGCUUUUCUUCAAAGGCUUGCAGAAAAGUAUCAAGAGGGAGACAUAGUAUGUGUUGGUGGCAAGGUCAGGACUAUGCGUGCUAAAGAUCACUAUGAGAUGAGAGAAUAUAAUAUUGAUGUGCUUGAAGAUGUAAAAGAUUUGUCCUUUUUCGCUAAAGAGAGGCCAUAUCCUAUCUAUCCUUCAAAAGGGGGUUUGAACCCAAAUUUUCUUAGGGACACUAUUGCAAGAGCUUUACAAGCCUUGCCUGUCAAUGUAGAUCCAAUUCCUAAAGGUAUCACAGAGCAAUUUGGACUACCAAGUCUUCAUGAUGCAUAUAUUGGAAUCCACAAACCCAAGGAUAUAAGUGAAGCUGAUUUGGCUCGCAAGAGACUCAUAUUUGAUGCGUUUUUUUACCUGCAGUUAGGACGCUUAUUCCAAAUGCUGGAAAGUCUUGGUACACAAAUAGAAAAGGAUGGAUUGCUUGAUAAGUAUAAAAGUCCAGAAAAUAAUGUUAUGGGCACUGAGGAAUGGUCUUCUCUCACCAAGAGGGUUAUUGAGGUCCUUCCAUAUACUCUUACAACCAGUCAACAACAUGCUGUUUCAGAAAUUAUUUGGGAUCUAAAAAGACCAGUUCCAAUGAAUCGGCUUCUUCAGGUGUGGAUUUGUGUCCUGUUGUUGUGGCUUUAGUGCUUCCUCUAAUUUUUGUAGAUAUGUGGUCUCCACAUUAUAGUCUUUAUUAGUGGGUUUUGGUUUUGUGUCCCCAGUUUUGUAUUUCUUUUAAUUGUAUUAAGAAUGGUGCAUAUGAUUGGUCAAGUUCUGGUGCUAACCAAAUUAGGAUCGCAACCUGUAUAGUGAUGGAAUAACAUUCUUUUAUUUUUUAUUUAAAAAAUAAUUCACACAGUACAGUGUUCCCCUAACUUUUUUUAAUGAAAGUGCUAAGGUAUCACUAUGGUGUUAGCCAUCGGAACUAUGUUGGCACCACAAACAACAUCAAUACAUCAAUAGAAUGUAACACCUCAAAAUAUCAUAAAAGAAAGAAGAAAAUACAAAGUAACCGGGGGACCAAACCUGGCCUAAUCUCUAACCCUAUAAAAGGGUAAAUCAAAUCUAUCCUUGAAAAUUUUGGGACAAAUAAAGUUAGGAA